GGUAAAUAAAGGAGGCGGCAGUUGCACGUCCAUCAUGAACUCAAUAACUGUCAAAGUCAAAGGAACCUUUUCUCGGCCCUGAAAAUGCAGUUCAUGCAUUUCAUUCCCUUCGUUUUAUGCCCCUUAGGUGCCCUGGGCUCUCUAGCAAACACGUCUUACACCAACCCGAUCAUUCCAGGAUGGCACUCGGAUCCUAGUUGUACUUUCGUUCCUGAGUGGAAUCAGACUCUGUUCUGCACGACGUCGUCGUUCAUAACCUUUCCGGGAAAUCCUGUUUACGCCAGUAAAGAUCUUCUGAACUGGAGACUUGCAAGCAAUGCAGUCAAUCGGGUGUCGCAAUUCCCACUGAUUCGCAAUGGAAGCCAAGGUGAAGAUCUUGGCAUGUUUGCUAGUACCCUCCGAUUCAACAAUGGCACAUUCUACCUAAUCUCAACUUGGGUCAGUGCCCAGCUUGGAGGACCAAAGUUUGUCAUAUUCACGACGAAGGACCCAUUUGACGACCUGUCAUGGUCUGACGCAAUUUGGCCAGAAACACCUGGCGACACAAUCGAUCCCGACAUUUUCUUCGAUGACGAUGGCUCCGUCGUUGUUGCUUCUUCCGGAACACCCAUCAAAGCAACCUACCUGGAUCUCUCCUCUGGCAAUACCAGUGAGCCCUGGGAUCUCUGGAAUGGUACUGGGGGUGCAAAUGCCGAAGGCCCCCACAUCUACAGGAAGGAUGAAUAUUACUACUUGUUGAUUGCUGAAGGUGGCACUCAGCUGAAUCAUUCGGCAACUGUCGCACGAUCUAAAAGCAUCAAAGGGCCUUGGGAAGCGACUGUUGGCCACGCUGAUCUUUUCCAAGACUCAGUCGGAAAUUGGUGGGGUGUUGCGCUAUCUACUCGCGGAGGACCGGAUCUUUACAACAGCCUCAACUAUCCUAUGGGCAGAGAGACCGUCCUGUUCCCGGUAUCUUGGCCGGCGGGUGGUUGGCCUAUCGCAGAUAAAGUUCGCGGGAACAUGAGUGGGCCAUUGCCCGACAAAUCUUUCGUUGAACCAGGAGUUGGACCUUUUGUCGGCAAAGCAGAUGUGGAAGAUUUCGAGUCGGGGUCUACUAUUCCGUCACAUUGGAUUUCUUGGAGAGCACCUUUCAAUGCCUCGUCGCUCACCGUUUCUCCCCAAGGUCACGAAGGGACUCUUCAGAUGACUGCCUCCCGCGCUAAUCUCACAAGAGAUGCAAACUUCAACGUCACCACUGAGGGCGUCACUUCUGUCUUUCGACGGCAGGAACAUACCUUUUUCGAAUUUUCCGUUGAUAUUGAGUUGGGCUUUGGGAAGUCUGCUGGUGACGAAGUCGGGAUUUCAAACUAUGUCAACCCUAAUCAGCAUGUUGAUCUUGGUAUCAUUUAUCAGGCUGCUGAGUCCAACGAGGGAGAUAAGCUCGAGCCUCAUUUCCAACUCAGGGCUCGUUCUAUCAACAACUCUACAGCUCCUGAUCCACGAGUCUUGCCUAUUCCACAAGAAAUGUUGGGCCGAGCUAUCCGGGUUCGGAUUUCUCCGAGAAACGAGACUCACAACGAGUUUUUUGUGAGCUCGGUAGAUCAGGCUGGCUCUGAGCAGUCACUCUGGGUUUUCAACAACGCGUUGUUGGCAGGAGAUGGAGCUACUACAGGUGGACUGCUUGGCAUCUUUGCUACUACUAAUGGUGGAAAUGGUUCAUUUAACGGCUACGUGGGAAGAUGGAGGUACGAGCCAAUCAGUCAGAAGUUGGAUUAUAAUGUCACUAUUCCAACACUAACUAAAUAAUAGCAGACAUGGCUAUGUUCCAUUCCUGCGCUUUUGUAUGUAAAAUUACAUCAAUGUUUCUCCAUGUACCAUAGUCUCUGUCUAGAAAAAGAACUUGUCGCGUGUGAAAGGAAGACAGAUUGGGC